AGGAAGUGACGCGCUCCCCAGCGAUGGCGGAAGCGGAGGCCGCGGGGGGGAAGAUGAAGCAGUUUAAUGGCGGCGGCGGGGGGGCCGGGCUGGAGCCCGAGCGGGGCCGUUUCCCCUACUGCGUGGUGUGGACGCCAAUCCCCGUCCUGACAUGGCUCUUCCCUAUCAUCGGCCACAUGGGUAUCUGUACGUCGACUGGAGUCAUUCGGGACUUUGCGGGCCCUUACUACGUCUCUGAAGACAACAUGGCAUUUGGGAAGCCGGUGAAGUACUGGAAACUGGAUCCCACCAAAGUGUACUCCAGCAGUCCCAAUGCUUGGGAUACAGCCGUGCAUGAUGCCUCUGAGGAGUACAAGCAUCGAAUGCACAAUCUUUGCUGUGACAACUGCCACUCCCAUGUGGCUCUGGCCUUAAACCUGAUGAGAUACGAUAACAGCAGCUCCUGGAACAUGGUCAAACUUUGCUUCCUCUCCUUCCUGCAUGGGAAGUAUGUAAGCGUAGGGGGGUUCAUGAAGACCUGGCUUCCCUUUGUCCUUUUCCUGGGGGUGAUCCUGACAAUCGUUCUGACCCUUCACUUGCGGUGAUGGAUACCGUGCUUCCCUUCCCCUUGGUGCACAAGGGAUGAAACUGUGGUUGCUGGAUCCAACAGGCUGGGGGCACAGGACCCUGGGAGUCACUACAAGAGAAGAUGGCAUCUUCACUCGAUCGUAACAACUCUCAUUUUUGCUUCCUGGGACUGGUGUCUUUCUGUUUUGUUCUGUCAUUGGGGUCUCCCGGUGUCUGGGCCUCUGAAUUCUGCUGCUCACCCCCCUGCCGGUCGGUUUUGGGAAUGUACUCUGUAAGUGAUGAUCUCAACACAGGGUGACGUUGCAAGGGCUAAACCUGCCUCCUUAGCACAAGCAAAUACUCAUUGUAAGGUUUUCUGUGAUCCCGGGCUGCCUUUACAUUGCUACUUAUUUCCUCUCAGUAAACGUCAUCAUGUGCUUCUUAA